AUGGAGGCGGCCCCGCGGCGCUGCCGCGGUUGCUUCUGGCGGCGCUGGCGGCGGCGGCUGCGCGGGCGGCGGUGGGCGCUGGCGGCCGGGCUGCUGGGCGCCGCCGCCGCCGCGCUCGCCCUGUACUCGGCGCUGCCCGAGCCGGCCCGGGCGGACGGCGAGGCGGUGACCGUGCUGCUGUGGUGGGAGCCCUUCGGCCGCCCGCGGCGCUUGCCCGACUGCCGGCGGCGCUACAACAUCAGCGGCUGCCGCCUCAGCGCCGACCGCAGCCGGCUCGGCGAGGCGCAGGCGGUGCUGUUCCACCACCGCGACCUGGUGCGGCACGGCGCCGAGGGGCUGCCCCGAGGGUCCCCGCCGCGGCCCCCGCGCCAGCGCUGGGUGUGGAUGAACUUCGAGUCGCCGUCGCACUCGCCCGGGCUGCGGGGGCUCGCCGGGGUCUUCAACUGGACCAUGUCCUACCGCCGCGACUCCGACGUGUUCGUGCCCUACGGGUACCUCUACGUCCCGCCGGCGCCCCGGCCCUUCGUCCUGCCCCGCAAGACGCGGCUGGUGGCCUGGGUCAUCAGCAACUGGAACGAGGAGCACGCCCGGGUGCGCUACUACCGCCAGCUGAAGGAGCACCUGCCCAUCGACGUGUACGGGGCGCGGGGGCUGGCGCUGGCCGAGGGCGGCCUGGUGGAGACCGUCUCAGCCUACAAGUUCUACCUGGCCUUCGAGAACUCCCAGCACACCGACUACAUCACCGAGAAGCUCUGGAGGAACGCUUUCUCCGCCAGCGCCGUGCCCGUCGUCCUGGGACCCCGCAGGGCCAACUACGAGCGCUUCAUCCCCCCCGAUUCCUUCAUCCACGUUGACGACUUCCCCAGCCCGCGGCUGCUGGCCACCUACCUGAAAUUCCUCGAUAAAAACAAACCCAACUACAGGCGGUACUUUGCCUGGAGGAAGAAGUACGAAGUCCACGUCACCUCGUUUUGGGAUGAGCAUUUCUGCAAGGUCUGCGAGGCUGUUAGGAUAGCUGGGAAUCAAAUCAAGACUGUUCAGAAUCUGGCCAGCUGGUUUGAAAGCUGAUGUUCCUGGCGGGUGAGGCUUGCCUGGACAGCCUGGGCCAAGUGUCGGUGUGUCGGGAAGAAUGAGUCUCACAGGGAUCAUUUGCCCAGGUAGUCGGCAUUAGCCGCAGGAGACUGGCAUCAGUUGGACAAGCAUACAGGUACAGGAAAACAAGCUGUGAAAAGCCUGCAAAGGAAGAUUUUUAAUGAAGAGAAAAUUAUGAAUGUACAAAGAGACAUUAUGCCAGAUGAUUCCUAAAGAGCAAAGUUAAAUUUCCAGAAGUUGUACUGUUACCGAACUUUUAAAUUUCUGCCCAGCUCAACAUAAAUUUCUGAUGCCAAAUUCCUCAGCUGUACAGCUGAAACCAAUUUUGGCGGCUAUGACAACUUCCUGGACCGUGAAACUUUCCUCUGCUCACAGAAGACACAUGAUCAGUGCUGGUUUUCUGUAAUACAAAGACAAAAAUGAAUGUUUUAAACCGCUUUUUAUGCGUGUGAAAGCUAUUUAUAGACAAAUUCUGAGCCGCAAGUGUUGAAUGUAAGAAUCUUAUGAUACAGUAGCACCUUUUAGCAAGGCUUGAAAUUACAGCAGCCAGUUAAUAAUGCUUUGAACCAAGUAAUUGUUCUGUUUAGGAAAAAGUAUAUGAAGGGGACUGAAUCUGAGUGGACAAACAGCUCAGAUGAUGUAAAGUAUUUCUCCUACUACCUGCUGAAACCCUGGGCAUGUUUAUCGUGUAUGAGAGUAGAGCGGAACUUUAAGUACAGGAAAACACAGACUGUAGGGAAGAAAGUUGGAACACUUCCACCCUCCCUAUAUUCAGGAAUUAGGAAAUGUUUACAGAUAUCUUGCAAAAUUAUUGCCAUACAGGAGAAUGCAGGGAAAGGGUCAGAAUUGCAGGGAUUUUAUUACUGUAUUGAAUAUAUAUACAGAAAGGCUAACUUUUUUCUCAAGUAUCAGUACACAGUGCUGUUGUGUAGCAACUCUUUUGGUUUAUGGCAAAUUAAAAAAAAUUCUCAUGGGUGACAGACUAGUCAGAAUGUUGUCUUGUUGUUUCUAAAAAAUUCCCAAACUCCCAAAUGACUUCCAUUCAGAAAGAAAAUUACUGUAGAGAGUAAGAUCUACGUUGUUGGUAAAAUACAGAUUGUGUGAGGAAAGAAUAUGAAAAGGGAAGGAUUUACUAUUUUCUCUUCCUUUGGUUUUGAGGUAUUUUUGUGGCUCAGUUUUUUAAUCAAUAAAUAGGUUCUUAAGGUAGAACUCCCUUCACUCAGUGCCUGUCAAGGGACAUUUACAGUAGUCAUUCCCUUUUAGGCUCCCACAUUUUACUGGAGCCAUCUUAGUAGUGGAUGUGUGAUUACUUUUUGGUUACAUGUAAUCUUGCUCAGCCAAAGCCAGAAAGAAACUUCAUUUCAAUUACACAUCCUUGCCAAGCUCAGCCUCCCUGUCUUUUGCAGCUAUGAAGUUUGGUGGCAAAAAAAUAGCAACCUACAAGAGACUUGCCCACGUGAAUAAGGUAUUCAUUCUGCUGCUUUUUAAUCCAAGAAGUUACUCAGAGACUUCAUUCAGAAUAAAAUCGUGGGCACAGAACAGGUGGGAAAAGAAGAAAGUCGGUUGCAAAUAAAAGAUGGGCAUCAGAACAGGCAACCUCGCUGGCAUUUUAAGUCAUAUUUAGGUUAGGAAAGGAUUAGAUUUAAGCAGUACGGGAUGUUGGAUGAGCGAUGUAUGAACUGGCAGUCUAUUGUAAUGUAUUUCUAGUUAGAUGCUCCCCAUGAUUAGGUAAGCAUGGAGCCAAGGAUUAUCGGGAAAAAAAACCUAAUAAUAAUGAAGUUCUUUAAUAAUUUGCACAGUUUUACCAGUUCAUAUCUUGCAGGCUUCUCCAAUUAUUCCCUUCUGCUUUUGUGCAAGCAAGGUUGGCUGAAAGUACUUGAUGACCCUUUCUGUUGUCAGUGCCAGAGUUGCUGUAGAAUAUUUACUGGGAAGGGAGUGAAAACAAUCUAUGCAAUGUGAAUAUAGUAGGGAUGAUUCCUAAUGCUGCACUUUCACUCCAAGAAAUAUAAAGUGAUUGUUUAAAGUAAAA